AUGCUCCAACAACUCCUUACAAGGGCAAGCCAAAGGUUCACUGGAAAUGAACAACAAGUUGAGAUAAACUCUAAACUAGAGUCAUUGACUUCAAGAGUCCAAAUCAUUGAGUCUUCUAGUGCAUCAUCCUCUUCACCUCAAGAGUAUGCCCAAGCAGUUACACUAAGAAGUGGGGACAAUUCCAAGCAGGGUAGCCCACCCCAAAUCGCUGUGGACAUCGAUGACGAGGAAGGGGAGGAUUUGAACUCGAUCGAGCUGAAGAAACCGAGACUGCAAGACAAACCAGAGCUCGAUCGAGCCGAGAAGAGAACAGACAAAGCAAGCUCCAGCCAACCAGCUAAACCUGUUGCAAAGAAGAAAGACACUCCAGCAGGACCACCACCAUACAAACCCCCUCUACCCUUUCCAGGAAGGUUCAAGAAACAACUGUUGGAAGCACACAAGGCCAAGUUUGAUGAACUAAUGAGACAGCUUGAGCUGAAGUUGCCUUUCAUCGACGCCUUGAUGCUCAUUCCACCUUAUCAGAAAUUUCUGAAGGAUGCUGUUCAGCAAAGAACCAGGGAAGCACAAGGGAUGGUAGUGUUGACUCGUGAGUGCAGUGCAAUCAUUCAGCGGAAGGUCAUCUCCGACAAAAAGGAAGAUCCGGGGAGUUUCACUUUGCCCUGCAUGUUGGGACCCCUAUCUUUCAAAAACAGCCUCUGCGAUCUAGGAUCAUCUGUCAGCCUCAUGCCUUUGUCUGUAGCAAAGAGACUGGGAUAUCACAAGUACCAAGCCUGCGGAAUCUCACUAGUCUUGGCAGAUAGAUCGAUAAGGUUACCAACUGGGAUGCUUGAAGACCUGCCUUUGAGGAUAGGGAAUGUAGAAAUCCCCACCGACUUCAUUGUGCUUGAGAUGGAUGAGGAACCAACAGAUCCAUUGAUUCUAGGAAGGCCAUUCCUAGCUACAGCAAGAGCAAUGAUAGAUGUCUGUGAAGGAACAAUUGAGCUAAACUUGGGAAAGGACCUAAGAUGA